AGGAGAAAUAGAAAGAUGUUACUUAUAGAAGAGGUCAGAACAACCAGAUAGCACCCUACAACAUGUUCUUCCUGCUGGUAUGUAGCUUGCUCUGCCAGAUAACCACCGCCCAGAUCAACACCGUCACUGAGGAAACCCCCGCUGAGGAGAGCUGCUCUUUCGAGGAGAUCAUUGAGAGAAAACGCCAGGCUGUUAAGAUCCAGCUGUUAACAAAGCUAAACAUCAGAAGUUUGCCUAACAAUACGAGAAAUGACAUUCCGGAAGAUGUUCGUAGACAGAUAGCAGCAAUUUACCAGGAGAUGAUAAAUGAGGACCGGGGUAGACAGAGAGACGAUGCGAGAAGUCGUCCUCCUAAAACUAAACAAAACCUGCUGUUCCCCGAAGCAGUGAAGGAGCUAGGAAGCAACACGUUACUCUACACUUGGUCAGUACAGACAGGAGGAGUAAUGGUAGAUAGAGCAGAAAUACACCUCCCUGCCGAGCUCACUGUGCCUUCCCUCCGGGUCUACAUCGUCAACAAUCCCUCCGUUUACUCCGAGACUAAACCCAGACGGGAGGGUUUGGAAAGGCUGUUCGGUGACUUCGGUGACUUCGGUGACCGGAUCAUUGACGUUACAAAACAUUGGAGGAGAUGGACCCUGGACGCCAGUACGAAUCACGGGAUCCUGUUUUGUGUUGGACGGUGUUUCUCGGAGAACAAUACACUGGAGAUGUUUGGUUCUAAACCGUACAUCACGGUGGAGAUCGCUGCAGUGGACAACAAGAGGAACAAGAGGUACGGUGGUUCCCGCAGUAACACCUCACCCCAAACCUGCACCAACUUCCCACGCCAGUGCUGCAAGAAGGACCACUGGAUAACCUUCAAGGAGGUGGGUCUAGAUCACAUCAUCUUGGAACCCCAGGCUUACAACGCAGGGCUCUGUCUGGGAGUUUGUAACGAGAUGUGGUUGGAACAGUUCUACCACUCUCACGUCAUGUCCCUGUCGGAGAACGUCAAGGCCAGGAACUGCUGCUCUCCAGUCAGUGUGGACUCCCUCAGGAUCAUCUACUAUGACAAGGAGAAUGACACUCACAAGUUCGAGAUACUUCCCAACAUGGAAGUGACGGAGUGCGGGUGCAAGUGAACACUGACAAAAUGAGCAUGUUUCAUAGCUUUAGGAUGAUUAAAACGUGAUUUAUUACCGAUAACUUUGUGCUGAGUUACUCCGGUAGGUGUGAAUAAUAACCUGAUGUUAAGUAUGAUUUUCCCUGUAAAUCUCAUUUGCCUGUUUAAAUUACCUUUACGACGAAUAAAUUUGAUAUUUAUGUGGUAAGAUGAUUAAUCAUCGCCGCGUCUUGUCUCGUAACUAAUUUAAUCAGUUUACCGCAGAAUGUUAAAUCAUCAUUUUGGGAGUAUGAGAGCAUUAUAGUAACAGUUACAACAAAGAACCCUGUUUCAACGAACCAAACUUACUAUGUAACUAUUUAAUUAAGUUUGGCGGCCAAGUGAACAUGUUUGCGAUAAUUUUGCGAGACAUUGACUUAGUUGAUUUAUUAUCUUUUACUACAUUAAUUCUACAAUGAUAAUGUAAAUUAUGUGACCCAAGAGACUAAUCCGCUGAAUUGUUUGAAAUAUCAUCAAAGCAGUUUAAGUUCGAUUAUAGAAGAAAGAUCACUAAAAAUAUUCUAACUUAUUUAAAGUUCUGUCAAAAAUUAUGAACCUUUUUAUUCCAGAUUUUUAAUUAAAUUAUCUAAUUUAUGUAAUA